AUGAAGGAGAAAUACUCUGUGGGAAAAGUGUACAAGUUCCUAAAUAAGGAUGAUCCUGAUGUUGGAUGGAAACACAUGUUAUCCAACACUAUUGCUAGACCGAGAGUCCUUUUUACUAUGUGGGUGACUUGCCACCGUAGACUUGCGACAAGGGGUCGGCUCAAAAGACUUGGCCUUACGACCGAUGACAGGUGUAAUUUCUGCGACAAGGAGGGAACAAUUGACCACCUUUUAUUUGAUUGUCCACCGUUUAAAACCUGUUGGCAACAAAUCCUGGUGUGUUUGGGGUUUCAACGUUUCCCGUGUGAAUGGCAUGAGGAACUUGAGUGGUUAAUCAUGCAUUGCAAAGGUAAAGGUUGGAGGAAGUGCAUUCUGCGUAGUGCUGUAGCGGAAACCAUCCAUGAAGUUUGA